AUGAACUCCGACAUCCUUCCUGACGCCUCUGCUCCGACGAAACGACGUCGAGCAACACUCACCAAGAACCCUCCUCCAUCCGCCUAUCCCUCCAAGCUUCCUUCGUUACGCAAACCUCAGUCGUCGGCCACUCUGCAGCGAGCACCGUCAGCUCCGUCGCCUUACCCGCGUGGUUCUCCAGCAGCCACUUACUCUGCCCGCGACUUUCACCACCGAUCUCAGUCCAGCGCCUACGCCUCGUCCUCAUCUCUUGAUCAGUACACCACGAAUCCUUCGCCCAUCAUUCCAUCCCACGAGUUCUUCGCGCCUACCACCGGCGACACCUAUCUCCCACCGCAGACCUAUCCUCCCACUCCGCUGGGCUCGGAUGACCGUCACAACGACUUGAUAGGCGCGCCGUUUGACGCUUCAGGCCUCUUAUCAUCCUUGCAGACUGCGGGUCUCAACAGAGGGCAAAAUGAUAUGAUGCAGGCCUCACAAUCUCCGCAGCUCUCUCGUAACCAUACGAGUGUAGAAUCUCGUACUCCUUCGGGAGGGACAUCUCAGAUGUCGAGAUCUUCUGGUAUUGCCAUGAUGGAAGUCACGCCUCCCAAAUCGGACGCCGGCAUUCUGAGUCCAAAGAGAUUCUCCGGCGACGGCUCUAAACCACCAGGGCCAUUUCGCAAGAAGAGCGGCUUCUCAAGUUUUAUGAACAAUAUGCUUGGGUCGCCCAGGACCAUCAAGAUCUCCGCCCCGGAAAAUCCUAUGCACAUGAUUCAUGUAGGCUAUGACAACCAGACCGGCCAGUUUACGGGCCUUCCUGCGGACUGGCAGAGAAUACUAUCUGACAGUGGCAUCCCCAAGAAUGAGCAGGACCAGAAUCCACAGAUGAUGAUGAACAUUGUGGAAACAUACAAGAGCAAUUUCGGGGGUGGAUUUGAUGACGGCGUUUGGCAAAAGUUUGACCAUGCGAAACUGUCUGACUCGCCUCAAAGCAGCAGCAGUAGUUACCAAAGUCCGGUGGCCACAUCACCUAACAUCAAUCCCGCUACGUAUUCGCCCAUCGCUGGAGUCAUAUCCCCGCCCGCAAGCCCACGGUUUCCUCAAAAUCAUGAAGGCAGCUUCGAGAACCCUCGCGCCCCCCCGCCAAUACCAAAAGGUCCUCCGGCCAGCGCAAUUGGCUCCAAGCCUGCUCCCUCACCUGCUCUCAUGAUGCCGAAUAGACCUGCACCAAAGCCACCUACGCAGAAUCUACGGGACUUGGCCCCAGUUCGGCCUGCACCUCCUCCGCCGAUGAAGCAUGACAUCGUGAUACGGCAACCCCCGAAACCACAGAGUCCAGCUGUCACCGUGCCAACAUCCUCACCACAGGCCUCGCAAGAAGAAACAUUCAGUCGCUCAAAUUCCACAAAACCCCGAACCUCAUCCCCUCCACGGCCCUCGCAACCCGUACAGUCUCCUGCCCAGUAUCAACAACAACAAGAGCAAGCGAUGUUGAUCGCGCAACAAGCCAUUCAAAGCAAACAGCUCGACCGCAGCCGAAGUCAACGCCAAGUUGCACCGGAUGCGCCUGAAGUUCCACCGAAGAUCCUACCUCAGAAAUAUAGCCCUCACGUACCUCAAACCCAGUUUGCUGCCGCGGCCGACUCGUCAAACUUACAAGGGCAGGCACAGGUAGCGAAAGUGGGCCCGGUCCCAGGUCCUAGGCCUCGAGCGAGACGACAACAAAGCAAUAUUAUCGAUGUUACUGCCAGGCUGCAGGCUAUUUGUACCCCGGGCGAUCCAACGAUGAGAUACAGCAAUCUCAACAAGAUUGGUCAAGGCGCUUCGGGAGGAGUUUUUACUGCCUUUGAAGUUGGAAGCAAACGGUGUGUUGCAAUAAAACAAAUGAACCUGGAACAACAGCCAAAGAAAGAUUUGAUCAUCAACGAGAUCAUCGUCAUGAAAGAUAGUAAGCACAAGAACAUUGUCAAUUUCAUCGAUAGUUAUCUACAUGAGGGCGACCUGUGGGUGGUGAUGGAAUACAUGCAAGGAGGCAGUUUGACCGACGUCGUGACCUUCAAUGUGAUGAGCGAGGCACAAAUUGCGGCGGUCUGCAGAGAAACACUGUAUGGCCUCCAGCACCUGCACUCCAAGAACGUCAUUCAUAGGGAUAUCAAAUCCGACAAUAUCCUCCUCUCUGAAAGAGGCGACAUCAAACUGACCGAUUUUGGCUUUUGUGCGCAAAUCAACGACACCCAGAAUAAGCGAACAACAAUGGUGGGAACUCCAUAUUGGAUGGCCCCAGAAGUUGUGACUCGCAAAGAAUACGGUCGAAAGGUUGAUAUCUGGAGUUUGGGCAUCAUGGCUAUCGAAAUGAUCGAAGGAGAGCCGCCUUACCUUACAGAGUCGCCCCUGCGAGCGUUGUAUCUGAUUGCAAAGUACGGCACGCCAAAAAUCAAGAACGAGGCCGAUUUGUCACCGAUUUUCCGGGAUUUCCUUCAUUUUGCUCUGAAGGUAGAGCCGGAGAAACGAGCGAGUGCUCAUGACCUGCUUCACCAUCCAUUCAUGCACAAUUGCGCUCCCCUUACCAGCUUGGCUCCUCUUGUGCAAUCGGCUCGCGAAAGUCGGGCAGCAGAAAAGGCGAACAAGGGAAACUAA